AAGGGCUAUUGUCAAAUGUCAAUAAACUGUAAACAAAAUCGGCAAACAAUUUCAGGAAUUGUGUUCCAUUUUUUUAAAUAAAAAAUGGAUCACAAUGCAUUCAAAACUACAUCAAUCACAAAAUUCGAUAUUAAAGGAAAAACUCUUUAUGUAAAAGUUCUUUGGAAGCAGAACCAAAAUGAUUUGUUCCACAUAAAGAUAUUUGACGGCGAUGUGACUUGGUCGGGAAGAUUUUCUAAUGAAUUUGCCAAAAAAUAUAGAGAACGCUUUGAAGAAACAGAAGAACAAUAUAAUAAACGAGUGAAGAAGUGUUUGAAGGGGUCUAUUCCAAGUGAAUUUACAUACGAUUUUUCUGUUAAUCAUGAGGAUAGCAAUUCCGCUACUUUUACUUGGAAAAAGAGGUUUCAAGACUCUAUGCAUGGUCUAGCGGUUCUCGUUCAUGGUUCUGUUCCUAUUCAUCAAGACCCAAGCCCAGAAUCUAAAGACGUACUACUAGACUUCUUAUUGGAAGAGAACAAAGAACUGAGGAGUACGAUCGACCGUCUACAUGGAAAGAAUGAAGCGAUCGUGACAGACCUACAUAAAUGCAAAACUGAAUUGGAAAAAUUUGUAGAUAUUAAAACCUCUUUGGAGACCAGCCUCUAUGGAAAGUUUGUGCAGUUAUUGAAUGCUAAAAAGAGGAGGAUACAAGUCUUGGAAGACAGCCUUCAUAAAUUUUCCGCGCCCAAAGCUGUGAUUGCUGAGCAAUGACAGUUUAAUUGAGCACCUUACUAAGAGCACGUGGAAACAAGUUUAUUCUGCUAGCCUAAACAGCAACAUGUGUGCUAUUAAUCCUGACUUACUUGUUCUACUCAGUAUCUUGUGUAUUUCUAUGCAUAUCUUCAUAUUAUUUGAUGAGUUGGACAAUAAAUGGUAAUGACCUAAUUUUUUUGACAAGAAAAUUAUAUUAAUGUAACCCAACCAAUCAAAAAAGAGAAAUUUAAAUAAAACAAAGACAUAGAUAAUAAUAAAUUAUAUAUUUUUGUAUAAAA